UAUUCGUUCAUGUGUUUGUAUGGUUUUCACAGAGAAGGAGAUGCACCCUCCUACCUUAAGAGUAGAGUAAACAUUUACAGCGUAACGCGGCUGCGGGUUAAGGCAUUUCAGCAAUUUUACAUAUCAAAUUUAUUUCAAAUGCUAAUUUGGUGGGUUUUGCGCGAUACACUCUUUGUGUCAAAUUGUGUACCGUGAUAAUUAGAGGAAUGUGAGGAACGCUGGCGAUUGAACCGAAAUUCUAUUAAUAUUCGUUUUGUUGAUUCAGAAUGAUGAACUCAUAGUGACUAAAUAAGGAAGUCGACAUGCAGAGACAUUAGGUAUAAAAUAAUUAUAGUUCACGCGAAAAGUGUUAAUCGUUUUGUGAAACUCAAUACAAACUAUUAUAUAUAUGACAGGAUAUACAGGACGAUUACAAAUUAAAGUAUACGUUACCGGUGACGGGUUUCAUAAACUUUCUCUGUGGAAAUAUAAAUACAUAUUUACUGUGUGACACUUAACGUUGGUGUUUAAGACGUUUAUUAAAACGGAUGAAAGAAUUAUCAUAGGAAAAGAUACCACUUCUGAUUACAAAAUAAAGGUAUAACAAAAGCAGAGAGGAGGGGACCCAAAAUGGAGGACGAGGUUAGCGUGAAUCUCCUGUCAUACAAAAUGAUGAAUGGAAACCAUCCCCACAACAACAACAUCAGCCACGAUAUCGAGAAGGAUGGCGAGAACAACAACAUGCUCGAAACCACAGCGUAUAAGCCAGGAUUUGAGACUUUUGACAGUGAAGAGAAAAGUGAACAUUCAGACUCUUCCGUGCCUCAGAAAAGCAGGCGAAGAAUGUUAUUUAUUGUGGGAUGGAUUUUUAUAGGAUGUGCUAUCGUUUUUUUAAUAACAGCAAUAGUUUUAGUGAUAACAUUGGCAGGAAAGCCAGAGAAAACCUAUUCUACGACCCCUAUCACUCCCACCCAUGUUACUUCCCCCACCCCCUCAUCACCAACCCCACCCACAAAUGUAACAUCACCACCAGUGCCAACAAAUGAGUCCACAACAACAUCAUCAACAUCAUCAUCAUCAACAUCAACUACAUCAUCAACUACAACAACAGUGAUCUCAGCAUCGUCUUCCACAACUGCCUUGACCACAACAUUCAAACCCUGUUUGGAUGGGCAGUUCCAAUGCUUGAGUGAUGGGUCAUGUAUAAAGGCAGCAUAUGUGUGCGAUGGGCGGCCACACUGUCCUAGAGCAGAGGAUGAGCCAGAAAAUUGCACGUGUACCCAGGACCAGUUUACAUGUGCUAAUGGUCAGUGUAUUCCGGCACGAUUCCGCUGUGAUAAAGUCUCCCAAUGUGACGAUCUCUCUGAUGAAAUCAACUGUACAAACUGUGAAGGGUUCAAAUGUAAUUCUGGCCUGUGCCUGUGGACAACCUCUGUUCAGUGUAAUGGCUACAUCAACUGUCUCGAUCUCUCAGAUGAAGUCAACUGCAUGCUACGCCCAGGCUACAUGCGUUGCAAGAAUGGAUUGACAAUUCCCAAUCAUAAGUUCUGUGAUCACAAAGAUGAUUGCUUUGACAACAGCGAUGAAACUGACGAAGAGUGCGAUCCCUACUAUGACCCAUUAAUGUGCAGUAACCAUGAGCGAGCUUGUGCCGACCUGAGCGCUUGCUAUCUACAUGACUGGCACUGUGAUGGCUACACAGACUGUGCUGACCAAUCAGAUGAGAGCAACUGUGGUACUUGUGUGUCAGGGGAAUUCCAAUGUGGUGAUUACAGCUGUGUUCAAGAGUCUCAUGUCUGCGAUGGAAUCAAAAAUUGUCCUGGAGGGGAAGAUGAACUGGAUUGUGUUCACCUGUCGGCUGGUAUGACAGGAGUAUUGACUUUGACCUCUAGUGACCUUCAACUUCCUGUGUGCUCCAGCCAAUGGAAUCCAAGCAUUGCCACUGAGGUCUGCAUGCAACUAGGGCAAGGUUCAGCCUACAGCAGUAAUUUCCUCUCUCUGGCCAGUGCAGGCUUUACUGCAAAAUCAGGAGUUAUGUCCCUUAUAAAUACUCGUCCUCUGGCUAGGAACGAGACUGUUCUUUCACGCUUCACUCAGAUGAGCUCUUGUGAAACAGGAACUGUCUUGAAGAUAAACUGCCAACCGAAAGGUUGCGGGGAGAAACAGAUCGAGACUCUGACACCAUUUAUAGUUGGAGGUAACCUUGCAUCUCGGGGUGAAUGGCCAUGGGUUGUCUCCCUUGUCAAACAGGGAACCAACAUCUGUGGAGGAGCUAUACUGGGAACCAGAUGGGUGAUCACUGCUGCUCACUGUAUCAUCCAACAGCAAGGUAACUACACGUUAAUGCCCCACAUAUUCGAGGUUGUAGCAGGGACCACAUCAAGAGAUCGAAACUCAAAACAAGCAUUCCAGAGAGUACGAGUGAACAAGAUCUUCAUCAACCCUCGAACACUGAAACUGGAGAACGGUCAGAUGGACUGGGACAUGGCAUUGCUGGAACUGCGGACGCCGCUUGUGUUUGGGGAUUAUGUGCAGCCGAUCUGUCUGCCAGCACAGAUGGCACCUAAUCCAACACAUCAACAAUGCUACCUCGCGGGAUGGGGCUACAUUAAUGUUCAGGGUGUAAGUGUAGUGGACUUACGUGAUGCCAAGAUGCAGCUGUACACAGAUGAAGAGUGUUCCAAAAACACUGUCAGUAUCGAGUCUCGAGUGAACACUAACUCCACCAUGUGUGCUGGAUACGGGCAUGGGCAGAUAUCAGGAUGUCAGGGAGACAGUGGAAGUCCACUCAUGUGCCAGGACAACUCAGGCCAUUGGUCAGUUCAGGGUCUCAUGUCCUACGGCACGGACGGGUGUGACGGGCGUUCAAAAUUCCUCUUCAACAGAUUCGCCAAAGUCUCAACAUCAGUAGACUGGUUACAUAGUGUCAUGAAUACCUGAGAGUUCAAGCCUUUUUAUUCUGGACUGGUUUAUAGUUAUUGAUUAAAAAUUAAGCAAUAGUGAGAGCUAGUAUUUUUCAGUUUGAUUUAGAAGCGCUAGCAUUUGUAUAUUAGUCAGACAUAUAGACAGACUGAAGUGGUUGAUGACGUAAACUUUACAGUCACUCAUCUUGGUAGUUGGAAACAGAGUCUGAUAAAUUGCUGGCAAUCUUAUGUGUAAUCCAACAGAUCAAGCAAUGAAAGUGGUGAAUAAUCUACUGGUGGUGAUCAUUGUUAUACAAUGGGACAUAGGACAUGGGGCUGGUUGGGAUUGAAUGAAGGUUGUGUUGGGCCAAUUUUCAGUGUUAUUGCAGACGGAUGGUUUAUUAGAGAGAUGUUGUUCAUUUUAAGAUUUAAAACAAAAAAUGAACAACUUUUAGUUACAAAUAAUCUUAUAUUAGAUAAGUAUAAGAUUAGCAACAGUUGUAGAUUAUCAGGACUUAUGUAAUCUACAUAUCAAUGUUCCAAAAGUGAAUUUACUUACAGUACAUGUGUAUGGUUUCCAAAAAAAGAUUAUUUAAUAUGCAGGUCGAAUAAUGUCAAAAUUUCUCCCUAAAUCAAAACAAAUUUUAAUAAUAGUUUCAGGAAGUGAAUACUUUAGAAUGCUAACAGGUAUAUGUUAACAAAUCAGGAAAUGAAUUUGAUGCAUUCCAGUCUUUAAACAUUUCAUGUACAUAUUAAUGCUCUUGUAGGCUUUAUUUCUGGCUUUGGGACCGGCUUAAUUACUGCUGAAAACUUCUGCUAUGCUGGUAAUGAUAAUUGUUCACUGUCCUUGAUUGUCUUUUAGCCCUUUCUCUGAAGUUUCUAUGAUAGGUUUAGGUACUUUAAGAUUAUUAUUUUUUGUACCUUUGAAGGGGAUUCCUGAAUAAAUAAGUAACAAUUGGACAGAAAAUAAUAUAACAAACAAGCUGUUUUCGACUUAAAAAAUAAGCAUUUUGCAUCCAAUUUAAGUUGAAAGAAGAACAAAAAAAAUGUAUUUUAUGUUAAGAUUAGGUCAUUUCUGUUAGAUAUCAGUGAUCAGCAAGCGAUACUUUUUCAAUUGAUAUCAAAAUUAUAUGGGGUCAGUUGGGCCCAGCUUCAAUAAGGCUUUAUCGUAAAAUUUCCAGGCGUGAACCUGUUUUUGGUGUUAACCGCAUUUCAAUAACAAGAUCGUACGGACAUUUAUCAGAUAGAUUCUGUCCGUAUAUAAACAGGUGUACCAGAGCACUCUUAUGCAGUGUAAGGUUAACGGCUACGAUAUCUUAUUAAAGCGGGCCGAGGCAUCAAAACUGAACAUAAUGGUUAAUGGAACCAUCAGAAAAUCAGCUUAUAUUGUGGGUCUUAUACCUUCAUAUGGUACUUUAGUCCUCACUGUUUCGAUUUGAGGAAUACCUUUUUUAUUGGUAUAAACAGUAGAAGCACCUUUUUAGAAAAGAGUUUAGAAAUGGGAUGACAAUUGUUUUAAUAACAAGAAAGACAUUAAAUAUAUACUAGAUUGUGGAAAAUCUAAGUUAAGUAAUCAAAAUGCCAUCCAUUUAUCUGAAUUGUUUUUAAAACAGUUCAGGUCAUCACUUUAAUAUGGAAAUUUAUAUAGAUGCUUAUCAAUAAAAAUUGUGGCAAAAUACAGGAAUGAACAGCUACAUUGUAUUGAAUGUUAUUAGCAGUAACUGUUGUCAAUCAACAUUUCAUGAGAAAUCUUAUGUUGGUAUAUUUUCCCAUUUUUAUGAUAAUUGCUAAAAAUCUACCAAAUACGUUUUUAAGUAUUUCGAAAUCAAUCAUUACAUAAUGUGCAUAGCAUUGUUUGCUGUAAUGUGCAAUAUAGUCAUAAAUAUUAUUUAUUUCAUUAUUAUAUACCUAACAUAUCAUGUUACGGUUGCGUUUGAUUUGAAAGCAUGUAAAUAUAUACAAUCAAUUGUGAGUAUUUGUUUCAAAUACAGGUAUUCUAUACUUCAUAUCAUAAUUGUAACUAUGUGGUAAUUAUGUUUUUCAUAUCAAACUUUUGUUUAUCUCUUACUAUUUUCCAUUUUUGAAGUUUCAAUUGUUGUUUGUUGAAUAGUUAAGCUCUGUUAGUGUUACUUUGUUUGAUAAAGGACUCAAUGUUCUCUUACUGUUUAUGUUUUCAAUGUCACAAUUUUUCAAAACUGUAUUAUUUAUUUUAUGGUAAAAAGAAUAAUUUUGAGUAAACGGUAAUUGCAUUUUAGUUUUCGAAUAAUAAGAAAAUCAUAAUACGAACCCUUAUAUUUUAAAGGUAUUAGUUGGGUGUUUUUAUUUUAACUAUCUACAAGUUGUAAAUCAUCAUUGUUUCACUGCACUAUAAUUAAUGUGGUAUAUUUAUAAGUAAGAACUUCCUUAAAUAAUUUGGAUUUGCAGUGGCCAGCACCCAGACUAGUUAUAGUAACUAGGUAGGUUUGGGGAUUGUUGUGUAUUUCACAUACUGUUCAAUCAAGGUUUUUUUUAUGAUUUCUCUUUUAAAUAUUUUAUUUUAAAUUUUUUAAUGAUAUUUGAAAAAGCAAACUCUUUUUUAUGCCCCCUUUUGAAAAAAGUGGGGUAUAUUGUUUUGCACAUGUCGGUCGGUCGGUCGGUCGGUCUGUCUGUCGGUCGGUCGGAAUACCAAAUGGUUUCCGAUCAAUAACUUGAGAACGCUUUGACCGAGGGACCUCAUACUUGGUAUGUGUAUUGGUCAUCACCAGCAGAUGAACCCUAUUGAUUUUGAGGUCAGUGGGUCAAAGGUCAAGGUCAGUGUGACCUUUACAUGAAAAACGGUUUCCGAUCAAUAACUUGAGAACGCUUUGACCCAGGAACCUCAUACUUGGUAGGUGUAUUGGUCAUGACCAGCAGAUGAACCCUAUUGAUUUUGAGGUCAGUGGGUCAAAGGUCAAGGUCAGUGUGACCUUAACAUGAAAAACGGUUUCCGAUCAAUAACUUGAGAACGCUUUGACCCAGGGACCUCAUACUAGGUAGGCUUAUUGGUCAUGACCAGCAGAUGAACCCUAUUGAUUUUGAGGUCAGUGGGUCAAAGGUCAAGGUCAGUGUGACUGUAAGCUGAAAAAAGGUUUUCUGAUUGUCCAUAUUUUAUUUAAGUGUCCAAAUCCUACUAACAAUUUGGCUCCCAAGGGGGCAUAAAUGUUUCACUAACAUCUCUUGUUCAAUAAAAGUUUAUGUUCUUACUACCGGUACAAUAUCCAGAAAGUUUCAAGGAAAUUGGUCAUUCCAUUAAGGAAACAAUAUUCCAGUCAAUUUUGAUAACAUUCAAAAGGAAAACUCUUUUAUCACCAAAAACCCUUGGUUCUUCAAUAUAUGAAAUGCACAAUAAUCUUUUUUAGUCUUAAUGAUGACUUAUUCAUCACUAAAAAUUUAAGCAAGAGAAUAGAAUAAUAUUGCAAAAACAACUAACUCUUACAUCAAAGAGGUCAUAGCCAGUUUUCAAUAGUCAGUUUGGCUGUAGUUAUAAUUAUUAAGUCGAAGGUAUUUGUUUGUCUUCAUACAUUUGUUGGGUUUUUAAAAUACAAUUGACCAGUAUGUGUGUUCAUGUUAUUAUCUUUUGUCUUUUUUCAGCUUUUGUCUUUUAGUUCUUAUCAGCUUUUGAAAGAAGCCUUUUUAAAGUUUUUAUUCAUUUUAUGUUUUUCCUUGUAAGAAUUCCAUUAAUGGUAAUGUGUCAUUAUCAUGCAUUAUAAAUAUGUGCCAUUAAAUUAUUUAUAUAUUUUAUACUUUUCUAUUUUUGCAUAUUCACUAAUUGUGAAAUAAAAUUUGCUGAC